GGACAUUACACAAAAAAAAUUGUUUGCUCUGAGAUCGACCCAGACCGUCCCACAUUGUCCACGUUCAUCUCUUCUGCUAACUGUAACGUGUCGCUGACGUCCUCCAUGGGGCCUAAAAUGACUACCAGCUUGCACUGAGAAGUCCGAGGCUUAUAAGUUCAUAACCACAUGAAUCCUGAUACCCACUUCAAAAAUCUCAACGCCCACUUCAAUUUGAACUGUAAACCAGAGUUGUGCAUCAAAAAUAGCAAGAAACAUCCCUGUAAUAAGCUUGUCUGAUUCACUUAGAGAUGGGUUCUUUGGAUGCAACAGCUCAGUUGCCCCCACUACUGACCCACUUGGAUGUGAAGGUGGAGGAGCCUGAGAUGAUUGUACCUGCUGAACCCACUGAGGAGUGUGCCCUCUUUCUAUCAAACAUUGAUCAGACAGUUGCUUAUGUUGUAGACACUGUGUACUUCUAUCCACCCAAUGGAGGGGGUGAGGAGGAGGGUGUUGAUAUUGUGGGUAAGCUCAAAGAUGCUCUUGGGAAGGUGUUGGUGCCCUACCAUUUCAUGGCAGGAAGACUGAGGCUUAAUGCAGAGAAGGGGAGGUUGGAGAUUGACUGUAACAGAGCAGGGGCGCUGUUUGCAGCUGCUUCAUGUGACCUCACUCUGUCUGACCUGGGGGAUGUUUCAUACCCCAAUCCUGCUUUCAGGAGCCUGGUUCUCCAAGCAAGUAAUGCCAAAAAAUUUGGGGACACGCCUCUGCUCAUGAUGCAGGUCACUACAUUCAAAUGUGGUAGCAUAGUGCUGGGAAUGUCUAUGAACCAUUCAUUAUUUGAUGGGUUUGGCGCAAUGGAAUUCAUGAUGAACUUCUCCUCUGUAGCACGGGGUCAGGAAUUGAUCACUUACCCAGUUCCUGACAGGACAUGUCUGAAAGCCAGGGAUAUUCCAGAGAUCAAAUAUGAGCAUUUGGAGGGCUUGAAAUUGAGUGACAUCCCAGAAGAGAUGAGGAAUUCUUUCACAACUGCAGAUGUAGCAAACUCAGACGUCUCCAGUGUUUCUCUUCCACCUGGUUACAGCUACAAAGUGUUCCCUUUCACCAUAGACAUGAUCGAGAGACUAAAGAAGAAGGCCUUGGAUGAUAGCAAUCUAAAGAAGUGCUCUUCAUUUGAUGUCAUUGCAGCUCUAGUAUGGCAGGCUCGAACGAAGGCCAUUGAUUUGCCUUCUGAUCAACCUUCUAAGAUGUUUUUCGCUGUGGACAUUCGUUCAAAAAUGGAUCCUCCAUUGCCAAAGGGAUUUGCAGGAAAUGCUGUUUUCUGUGCAUAUUGCAUUGAACCAGCAGGUGCAGUGAGAGAGAAGCCGCUAUCCUUCUGUGUGGAAAAAGUCCAGGAAGGCAUAUCCAGAGUCACAAAUGAUUAUGUUCGGUCAUCCAUGGAUUUCUCUGAGACUUACAAAUCAAUUCCAGCACUACCAGGUGGCAUAUUUCUAUCUGCAUGGUGGAAAAUCCCAUUUUUUCUUGUUGAUUUCGGAUUUGGAAAGCCUAUCUAUGCAGGACCCAUUGUGAAUGCUAUGGUGGAGUUUCCCCUCCUACUCUCUAAUGGAAAACAAGAUGGUGGUCUGAACCUCUACAUUGCUCUACCCAAUGAUCAGCUGGACAAAUUUGAGCAAAUUGUCUAUGAUUUUUAGCCUUGAAUCCAGUUGAAUUGACAUCAACUGAACAAAUUUGAGCAAAUUGUCUAUGAUUUUCAGCCUUGAAUGCAGUUGGGUUAAUAUCACUUUCACCAAACUGUAGUUUUGAAGUAGGACAGUCUGUGAUGUUUUGUUAAUAGGGUUUUCUAAGAUAUUCUUAGAACAUGAAUUAGUUUUAUUCUUAGAACAUGAAUUAGUUUUAUGCAGGGUUCUUACCAUUGCAAUCUCAACCCAUAUAUUGUAGUGAAAAUUCUCCAAAAACUCUUUUAAUUCAGUUUCAAUCUGGUAAAUAAAUGUGUUUAUUCAACUCCUA